CGCCUUGUCAAUGUUAUGUUUUACGACGUUUUACAUGAUUUUCAGUGGAAAUUCCUAAUCCACAUGACUAAAGAACGGGUUGUAAUCGUUCCCGGAAAUGGUAGGGGCGAUGUUGAACAUAGCAACUGGUAUGGAUGGCUUAAAAACAAACUUUUGGAGGUAAGCUUGCCUGAAGAAUUUGGAUUACAAACUUAUGUUUUUAUUCGUUAAUAAACUACUAGAAGCUAAAGGACUAACUGUUGCUCUUUUGUUCCUAGAAAAACAUUGACUGUCUGCUGAGGAAUAUGCCUGAUCCAGGUAAUUGGUCAGUGAAAUAAACAGAGAAGGGGAAUUCCCCACGCAGACCAACUCUUCCCCAUUAUUAAAAAGGGUAUAGGGUAUUAUAUUAGUGUGCGCAACAUGCAGCCGCAGAAAAUGAGGGCCUCGGCACUUAAGGCCCAUUGAAAUCAAUUUCCAAUCUUCCUAGAUGCACUACUAAGGUUACAAAUGGCAUUUUUUUAAAUUCUGAGUAAUUAUGCGCCAGUAAAGCUUGACACUUUACGGUCCAGGAAAUUCCAAUAGACCUUAUAAGCUUUUUUUACCCCAAUUCAGACCAUAUGAUGUUCUCCACGGAAUUUGCCUUUUGUCUUUUCAUAAAUUAUACAUACAUAUGCACAUGCUUAAGAUGACAUCUGAAAGAAACAGUUCUCUAGGUGUAUCAUCAUGUGGUCUGAAAUGAGAAAACAAAACAUACAAGCUUAAAAGGUCUGUUGUGCACAUCUUUGUUCCUUUGGCUUUUAUCAGGGUGCCACUCCCUGCGCUGGGGCCUUUGUCAUCAAAGGUCUGCCCAGAGGUGAGGCAUUUGUUUUUUAUAUAUAUAUUUUCACUGUUCUCUUAAAAAGAAAAAUAUAUGAUACACAUAGUAUAAACAGUACAUAUAUAUUACAGGUUAAAUUUGAUUUCGGGUUUAAACUUUUUAACCUAGGUUAAUUGUCAAUGAGGCCUAGGAGACAAAGGAAGUUAGAAUCAAUCUAGGUAAAAUCAAAAUUAACCUGAAAUCAAAAUUAACCUGUAAUAUGUAUAGGUAAUAGCAUGAUUUGUAGUGAUAUUUGGCAUAAAUACCACGAGUGAUAUUUCGAAAUUAGUAUACGUAAUUUCACGAGCCGUUAGGCGAGUGAAAUUUGAAACAAUUUUCAAAUAUCACUAGUGCUAUUUAUGCCAAAUAUCACGUACAAAUCAUGCUAUUAUUUGUUUAUACUACUACCUUCAGAAGGUUUGUAAUUUUCACAUGUAGGUAUUUGAAAUUAAGCUGAAAUACCACUGCUCUAAGCCAAUCAAAUUGCAGAAAUUUCUCAUGUAGUAGUAUAAAUACAUUAAUAUGGUAUGGGGAAAGGGGGUUGUGCCCUAAGGGGGUACUUUGGAUUUCAAGUGACAGGGAUGAUCAAAUGGGGGCAAAAAUCAAAACCCCAAAAAAGCCUUAGGGCUUCCAACAAAACCGCCAAAAAUCCCUGGACCAAAAAGUAACCCCAAAAAAUAUCAUGCCGAAUUUCCAAGCCUUAAAAAUUUCCAGAAUGUAUUAAAUGAUAUAUCACGAAAAAUAAAAACAUUAGACAUUGAAUGUUUCUUCGUAUUGUUUUGAAUACCUAAAAAAUCCCAACUUAAAUCAAGCCACCCCAAAAAAUACUUGCCAAAUUUUCUUACCUAAAAAAAUUCCUGGAAUCAAAAAUUUCACACCCAAAAGAUCCUUUGAUCAUCCCCGUCACUUGAAAUCUGGACUACCCGUCCCCCUCUGCCCAAACCCGAACCACCAACCGUCCCCCCCCCCUUGCUGGAGGUUGUGCAUGCUUAGAAUUGACAGAACCAUUAUCAUAAAACAGUGUUGGCUCGUGAAGAAAUAUGGAUUCCAUUCAUGGAAAAACAGCUUAAUUGUGAUGAGCACACAGUGAUUGUUGGGCAUAGCUCUGGAGCUCAAGCUGCACUGAGGUAAAACAUAAGUUGUGUAGGGAGCAAAUGCAAGUCCCUCAAAAAUAUUCCUUGACACAGUGAUGGUUAUUGUUCUGAUCAUUAGGAAGCUACAACUUUUGCUGUGCAUGGUUAAAAGUUAGUCGUUGUAAAUUUUCCAGGUAUGCAGAGAAGCAUUCUGUCCUUGGAUUGAUCCUGGUGUCGCCUUGUGUCACUGAUUUGGAUGAUCCUAAUGAGAAAGCUAGUGGUGAGAAAAUAUCGUAGAAACUCUAUUGUCUUCAUUAACCCUUUAAGUCCCAAUAGUGACUAAGAUCAAUUUUCUCCUAACAAUAUCCAUACAUUGUCAACAGAUAAGUUAUGAGAAUUAUUAAAAUGAUCACUCAAGUAAAAAUGCCAUGAUCUUUUAUCAAAUUCUCUCGACUCAUUCUUAAAGGAAAUGUAUGGAGAUCAGUUUGGAGAAUUUGUAUGUGGAUACUGGGGCUUAACGGGUUAAGCUGUAGAUCUUGUCGGGGUAUAAUGAUACUCUUCAGGCUGUUGGAGUGAAUUCAAGGAACAUGGCUUUGAAGCAGCCACAGGGCAGAAUGUAAAAUUGUGGCAAAUGUCAUGAAGUCAGAUUGAAACUGUGUCAGUGAAAUUAUAGACACAAAAACAAUAUUGAAAUACAUACAGGAAAGCAGGGUGCAAAGAAAGGGAGUUUUAGAGCUUCCUAUUCACACAAGCUGUAGCUAGCAUGUACUAUAAGCCAUUGGGCACUACUUUUUUGCAUGCUUGAACAUGGCAUCCUCUUUAUCAUGACAAUUAAAGAAGUUUGACGUGAAAACCCCCCUUAAAUGAAUUCCUAUAAUGACACAAAGUUCAUAUCCUGAAGACAUUACAAUGUUGCCCAGUCAAAAUUUAUUAAUGACUUUUGUCUUUUUUGUCACAAAUUUUCAGGGUAUUAUAAUCGUCCCUGGGAAUGGGAACAAAUAAAACAAAACACUCAAUGGAUUGUCCAGUUUGGAUCAACAGAUGAUCCAUUUAUUCCCUUCAGUGAACAGGAACAAGUUGCUAAAGGAACAGCUUCGGAGUUCCACAAGUUUUCUGACAAAGGACACUUUCAGUCUUUGGCAUUUUCUGACCUGAUGAAUAUAUUAAUAAGCAAGUUAAAGCAAGAGUGUAGUGAAUGACAAUCAGCAUAUUCUUGGAGCUUUUAAAAUACAUUUUCCAGUGAUAUAUAGAGUCAAAAGACUGGUAAAUGGAAACUAAGUAGCUCUUCUGCAAGCUUCCCUAAAACUGGGACAAAGUUUGGGAGAAACGACUUAAUAUACGAUGAAAUCUUUCAGUAUAAAUAACCUCUGAUAAAACUAUUGAUUGGAUGCUCAGAACUGCAUUUCAGUCAAUGUGACCUGCAACCAGCACUUGGCUCACACUCUUCUUACAGGCUGAUCAAGUUCGCUGGAAUAAUACUAAACCAAGACCAAGAAAACUGGGCUGUGCAUGAACUUUUAAUCAAGUUUGUUUCUUCCCAUGAUUUGAAUUAGUUAAAAGUGGGUUCACAGCAUGUUCUGU